UGUGACUCUCCUGCAGACUCAGUCAUCAGAUCAUUAAUUUCCUGUGCUUACUACUACUUGUUCUUCUUAGCCUGAAAGUGCAAAACCAAAUGACGGAAUAUACCUGCUGAAGUGAAACUGUCAGCUUUUUUACUUCUCCACACAUCAUGAACAUAUAGGCUGGGAGAGAGUAAUGCUACACACAAUUAACUCUUAUAUUCUGCAAGUGCAAACAAUAGAGGGCUUUGCCUCGUUUGAAUUGGUGACAUCCACACAUCUUUUAUCAUAAUACGUGAGACAUAAAGGUAAAAUAUGAAGUAACAUGAAGACUGAAUUGAAGCAAUGGACCUUUGGUUCUUCCCCGGAACAGUAAGAUUUUUCACACAAGCACCUACAAGUCAAAAUAGGGACUGAAGGAUCCCCAGAGAAAAUGACAGGGCUGGAGUUUAAGGAUGCUUUCUGGUGCACAGACAUCACACUGAAUACGGGAUAUGAAAUCAUACUACAACGAUUGCUUGAUGGAAGGAAAAUGUGCAAAGAUGUGGAGGAUCUUCUGAAGCUACGAGCACAAGCAGAAGAGAAGUAUGGGAAGGAAUUGGUUCAAAUUGCAAAAAAAGCAGGCGGACAAACAGAGAUCAACAAGUUACGGGAGUCUUUUGAAACACUGAAAACACAUAUUGAAAAUAUAGGUAAUUCUCACAUCCAGCUGGCAUUGACACUCAGAGAAGAAAUACGAAGUUUAGAGGAGUUCAGAGAACGACAGAAAGAAGUAAGAAAAAAGUAUGAGAAUGCAAUGGAACGCCUACAAAGGAAUAAAGUGUCCUUGUAUAAGAAAACAAUGGAUUCAAAAAAGAGCUAUGAGCAGAGGUGUCGAGAAGCAGAGGAAGCUGAGCAGAACCAUGAACGGCUGGUAUCGUUAGGAAAUCCAAAGCAAAUAGAAAAGAGCCAGAACAAAGCAAAGCAUUGUAGAGAGGCAGCAGAAGAAUCAGAUCUGCUAUAUAAGAACAAUAUAGAUCUUCUGGAGAAAGCUCGCAUUGAGUGGGAGACAGAGCACAGUAACACAUGCGAGGCAUUUCAGUUGCAAGAGACAGACAGAAUCAGCAUUCUGCGCAAUUCCCUCUGGGUUCAGUGUAACCAUUUCUCAGGCCAGUGUGUUCAUGAUGACGAGAUGAUGGAGGAGGUCAGACAGGCCCUGGAGCAAUGCGAUGUGACUGCAGAACUUGACCUUUUCAUACAGAGUAAAACUACAGGAACAGUUCCGCCAGAACCUGUGCUUUAUGAGGGUUACUGCAAUGGUAUUGGCCCCAAUAUGCAAGGAGGAAGUGCCAAGAUGAUGAAAAGGAUCUCACACUUGCUAUAUGGCUGUGGAGGGAGUACCAAAAACCUUGCAGAACUUCCAGCAGUGAACAACACCACAGCAGCAAAAGAAGAUACAGUCUAUGCCAGUAUACCUACAGCUGCCGCUUCACAUGAAAAGCUGGAAGACUACAGUGUUCUUUAUGAUUACAGCGCUCAGAACUCAGACGAGCUGGAUGUCACAGCCGGAGAUGUGGUUAGGGUCAUCGAGGAGGGAGACGAUGGUUGGUGGACUGUGGAGAGAAAUGGACGAAUAGGACUGGUGCCUGGAUCAUACCUUGGGAAGCUUUGAGUAACAGAGAACAUUUCAGAAUGGCAAUUUGCUAGAUUCAAACAUACAUGGAAAUCACAACAAUAACCGAAAAACCUGCCACCAUCACGACGUAUAGCUUGUUUCUCCUUUUAUUUCACAUAUGGAAUUAAAAAUUUAUACCCCUAAACACUGCAGGAUAUAUAUAUAUAUAUAUAUAUAUAUAAUAUACACACAUAUAUAUAUAUCACCAGUGGCAUCAUUUUUUUUAUCUGGGCCCCCUAAUUGAAUGGAAUGGCAUGGAAAAAAACACAGGUCAUCAGCAGGUUCCCCUGCAGAGGAAGCAGACCCAGCCCCACCCCCUGCACCCAUGGGGGCUGUUUCCUCUGUAAAUUCCCCACUGUAUAUCACAUAUCUCAUAAAAACAGCCCAUAUGUAAAAAAAAUUCUUAUAUUUGGAUAAAUUGGAUAAACCCAUAGAUAGAAAAACUGCCAUUCUAAGCAUUAAAAUCUGCACUGUGAUUAGACAUCUGCCGAAUUCUUGUCAGGUGGUCAGUGAGUGACACGCAGAGCAUAAAUAAAUGGUAGCUUGCUGUAAAAGAUGUAAAAGGUCAAUAUUUACUGAUAUUUAUAUGUACUGUCAUUUCUUUAACUGAUACCUUUAAUUGGUGACAUGGUAUAAUAUACCUGCUGGUUCAGUAUUUGUUCAGAAGGAAUAGUUAUCCUUUAAGAUCCCUCUUUCAAAAUAGUGGCCCUUUUCCUGAUUCAUUUCCCCCUAAAACUAUUGCAUCUUUAAUACAUGCAUCAUUUUUAAUACAACUUUCAGUAAAUACAUUAUACUCUAACAAUAGUCCUUAUAGUGUUUCAUCCUGUCUAAGUUUCCCAUCUUAUUAUAGGCAUUUCCCGCUCACUGUGCUGGUCCUGGAAUUCUAUGGUCAAUCUUCUGUAUUUCAACCAAGAUUUCAUCUGCAGAUAUAAUUCAUCAUGCGCUCCACAAGAGAUUCCAUAAUGCCUGUAGUGCAGUUAGUUUAAUUUCAGGUGUCAGUAUCUCUUUAAUAGGUGUUAGCUAGAAAGUUAGUGGCAAAAUCACUAAGAAUAGAUCUACUUAAACAUGGUUCAGAAGUGCUGCUUUUUAAUUCUCUAGACUUUUGCAGUCUUAAGGUGUUGCCAAAAGAGCGGAUCUCUCCCCGAUAUGGCAACAUUGAAGUGGGCGAUAUCGGGGUGAUCUGAUCGUGGACCCUAGGGCCCAACAAUUGGAUCAGAAUGGAUCCGAUAUGGGCGGUCGGAUUGCGGGGCUACAUAAACAAACAGAUUCGGCCACAACGGGAUUUCUUACCCUGCCCGAUCGAGAUCUGCCCGACUUUCAGCCAGAUAUCGAUCAGGGAAGCCCAUUGGAUGGGCUUUUAGCGACCCGUGCAUGGGGGCCUUUACAGACUAGACCACUGCUGCAGUCUUUUUUUCACCUGUAGCGAAUUUGGCUAUGUCACUUCAUCAGAUACAGGACCUGCAGUACAAAGGCCCCCCCCCCAGAUUCCAGAGUAGCAGAUUUCUAGUUUUCCUCAUACAGGGAUAGGCUGCAGCUGUGUCCUCUCUCUUAUAUGAAGUGCUUCACCUUUAAGCUAAUUUUUUCUGUAUUAUCUGCCUUACUCUUCUGCCUCUUUUCAGCUUUCAAAUGGGAGUCACCGAAUCCAGUAUCCAAAAAAAACUAUUGCCCUAUGAGGUUAAAAUUGUAUUAUUACUUUUUUAUUACUUAUCUUCCUAUUCAGUGUCUCUCCUAUUUACUGUAUAUUCUGGCCUCUCAUUCAAAUCACUGCCUGGUUGCUAGGGGUAAAUAAGACUGAAGCAACCAGAUGGUCAGCCUUAACUGUGUAACACCACAGGUAUUUAAUGAACAGUCGCACGUAACUGCUUUUAGGCUUUAGUUAUAGAUAGGACUUUUCGACACGGUUCUCACCUCUGCAGAAGGUAUAAUUUAUGGUUAUCAAUAUACUGUAUAGGAUUAAACAUCUGAUUUAUGAUUGUUAUAUAGUAAUGUUUUUAAUUUGCUUUGCAGAAUGUAUUGUGUACAUGUGUCUGUCAUAAUAAAACCAAAUAUCCAAUGAA